GUAACGCUUGACGCAUGCGCAGAAAACGUAUUAAAACCUCGUGGUAAAUUUUGCAAGUAGAUCAGCGAAGAUGUUGGUGUUAUUUGAAACACCGGCGGGUUACGCCAUGUUUAAGCUACUAAAUGAAAAGAAAUUAUCGAAAGCAGAUAACCUAUUUGAAGAUUUUAGUAGUCCAGAGGCAGCAAGUAAAGUAGUCAAAUUGAAGCAUUUUCAAAAGUUCAAGGACAUGACAGAAGCAUUAGCAGCUGCAACAGCUGCAAUCGAGGGGAAGAUGAGCAAGACCCUGAAGAAGAUGAUGAAGAAGAUGGUCGCCCAAGACAUUCAGGAGGAGCUGGCUGUAGCCGAUGCCAAACUGGGAAAUGUCAUCAAGGACAAGUUUGACGUUCAGUGUGUGACAAACUCCAACAUUCAGGAGCUCAUGCGAGGUAUCCGGUCACAGAUGGACAGCCUCAUCACAGGGUUGCCAGAGAAGGAGAUGUCAGCCAUGGCCCUCGGUCUCGCCCACAGCCUGUCCCGCUACAAGUUGAAGUUCAGCCCUGACAAAGUGGAUACCAUGAUUGUCCAGGCUAUAUCCCUGCUGGAUGACUUGGACAAGGAGCUCAACAACUACAUCAUGAGGUGCCGAGAGUGGUAUGGCUGGCAUUUCCCUGAACUUAGCAAGAUUGUCACUGACAAUGUCGCAUUUGCUAAAGUAAUCAAACAAAUAGGUGAUAGAACUAAUGCUGUCUCCUGCGAUAUGUCGGCUAUAUUACCUGAAGAUGUCGAACAGGAAGUGAAGGAUGCCGCAGAGAUAUCAAUGGGAACUGAGAUAUCGGAGGAGGAUUUGUUGAAUGUAGGAUACCUGUGCGAUCAGAUAUUAGAAAUCACUGAGUAUAGGACCCAGCUGUACGACUACCUCAAGAACAGAAUGGUGGCGGUGGCCCCAAACCUGACAGUUCUGGUGGGGGAGCUGGUUGGAGCAAGGCUUAUAGCCCACGCAGGUUCUUUGCUCAACUUGGCGAAGCAUCCGUCCUCCACAGUACAGAUCCUGGGCGCCGAGAAGGCUUUGUUCAGAGCCCUCAAGACCAAACACGAUACGCCCAAAUAUGGUCUCAUCUAUCAUGCAUCACUCAUCGGCCAGGCAACUCCAAAGAAUAAAGGAAAAAUGUCUCGAAUGCUGGCUGCCAAGGCGGCUCUGGCCAUCCGAGUGGAUGCGCUGGGUGAGGAGACGAAUGUUGAGCUGGGCUUGGAUCACAGAGCAAAGCUGGAGCAGAGGAUGAGGGCACUGGAGGAAGGAAGUGCCAGGAGAAUCAGUGGAACAGGCAAAGCCAAGUUCAAGGCUGAGAAGUACGAGAACAAAAGUGAAGUCAAAAUGUACAAUGUUGGUGACGACUCCACAUUGCCCAGGGUUGCUAAGAAGAGGAAGUUUGACGAGCAAGAGGAGGAACCUCUCACGCCAAAACAGAUAAAACAAGAACCUGCCGAAAAUGGGUCAAGCAGUGCGGAGGAAUCGGAGAAGAAGAAGAAAAAGAAGAAGAAGAAGAAGCAUGAAGACGCAGAUGUCAGCCAGGAAGCUUUGGGUUCACCCAAUGGAGAUGUUGCUUCAGAGAAAAAGAAGAAGAAAAAGAAGAAGAAAGCUAAAGAAUCAGACAGUGAUUAGUUCUGUGAUCUGUAAAUGUAAACUCUUGUACUUUUUCUGAAUGAACUGAUCCUGGCUGUGUGCAUAGUGCUGUCAACACAUGGCACCUGGAGAGCUGGUAGUACCUCAUCAUGUACAUGCGUUGAAUCCAUGUACAGGGAGAGAAACUGUCUGCCAACACAUGGACGUUAACCGGGUAUGGAGAUCAUCAGCUUCAGUGCAUUAUUAUUGAAGGUGGAUAUCACAUUUUCUGUUGGGCAUUAAAGAAGUGUUUGCCGAAUUUGUGAAGAUUUUAAGAGGUCAAGUGUCACAGAUGUUCCAGUAGCUUUAUCAUGGCAAUGUAUACCACUCAACAUUUGCUAAAGACCAAAAUAGUCGUCUUUAGUCGAAGGUGUGGUCCUUGGCAAUAUAUGGUGGUUGAGAAAUGAAUAAUAUCAGCCAGCAGAUAUACCACUCAACAUUUGCCAAGGACCAAAAUAGUCGUCAUAAGUCAAGGGUAUGGUCCAUGGCAAAUGUUUGUGGUAUAUAUGCUUGCUGAAGUUAUUCUUUUCUCAACCUCUAUAUACUUUAGCUUAGGAAUGUUACCUGUUCUCUUAUUCAAGAAGUUACAUGUUGUGGAGGGCAAGUUAAUGUCAUGUCAGUUUGUUGUCUUUCUUUUGAAGAUGUGUAGUGAGAAGUGGAAAUUUAGGAAUGGUACGAGAUGAAAUAAGCUGUAGUAUUUGUUACUAUUUGUUGUUGCUGAAAUGACACUACUUUAUUGAAGGAUAAUCAGUGUUGAAUAUUCACUCAAAAUCUAUCCGGACUGGCAACUCAAAGUUAUCUGCCCUGUUAGAAAGUUGGCAGUCCAAAUUUUAUACGAAUGUUUAUUCAUAUUUACAUUAUGGCUGAAAAAGUCAGCACGGCCAACGUGGUGUGCAUUCUCUAAAAGUUGACUGCCCAAGACAAAAACAGCCCUUCUUGGACAAAUGGGCAGGCAGGCAUUUCCAAUGCUGGGUUAAUGCUUUCAGACAUAGGAAGCCAAGGCCCAUCUAUGCGAUAGUGCGGGAUGUGUGCACUUGACCUAUGAUAUUUGAGAACAGUGACAGGUAUCACCAGUAAUAUGCAUUUAUUCCUUGUAAAUAAUGAACCUUGAGUCAACUGGACAUAUAUUUCAUACCUUUAUUUCAAGUUUGUAGAGUAUACACAAGUUUUUGAAGCUGUUGAAGCUGUUUUACAUCCCUGUUAAAGGUUGCAAUUUUAGUUCAUCAACUUAUUUUAGUAUGAUCUUUUUAUUGAGGUAAGCAAGUGUUAUGUUACUGUUUAGUAAAAAUGCAGAUUUUAUUAAUGAUUUGUUGACAUUAGAAGCUAUGAAUUUGUGAAAAUGGUUCCAAGUUGUUUUUGAAUGCUUGACGGUUUGUCAAUCAUGUGAAAUAGAUUUUACUUAAGUCGAUUCCAUAUCAUUCAUUCAUGACUGCAGAGGUACUACCGUACAGCAGAGGUAUUUAAUUGUACCUGAGGAAAGAGUUAGCAUUCCAAGUCACUGUGUUAGAAAGUGUUGAUCUGUUUGGACUUGUAGUCCACUUCAGAAAUGUCAUUUCAAUCCUUCAACCCUUGAUAAUGUGUUGCCCAUGGCAUCAAUCUUGUCCUGUAUUCCUCUGUUUGGUAACCUUGGUUACAACUUCUGACUUAAGAACUUCACCUAGGCUUUACAUACCAAUAUAUCAGAAAAACUCAUUGUAAAUACACGCCCAUAACUUUCAAAUUCUGUAAAUAUUUUCCAUUUCCCAACCUAUUAAGACAUUUGAGUUCUACGCUGGUUUCUGCAUGAAUAUACAUCCUGACUGCUACAGAGUGCCGGCCUUCGUGUGUGGUGGGGUCAUCAAGGCUUUAUAUUUGUCAUAUUUCAUACAUGAGAACAGUAAAAAUAUCAAACGUG